AUGCCACAGCCAGAGCUACACCCUGUCGACAGGGAACCUUUUACAAAAGUAGUCCGUGGCUUUCACAAGUUCGAAAAAGGUUCUCCGGGAGUGCAAAUUGAUUCUCGUUUUACUGUCGGUGAGGCAGAUAUUGUCCUUCCGAAAACGCGAUGGUACGCGGGUGCUGGCAACGCCUUGGAACAGAUCCUGAAAUCACGGAACAUUGACACCGUUAUCAUAUCUGGAUUGACCUUGUCAGGUGCUGUUAUGAGCACCAUUUACCACUUGGCGGGCCUCGACUACGAGAUCUAUGUUAUCUCAGACAAUGUGAUAGAAUUACCAGUGACCGACACGGAUCAGUUUUCUGACGUUUUGCUGGGUAGUCUGCUCGGAAAAAUGAAUGUGCAAGUCGUUACCCUUCAUGAGGCUCUUGAAGUAUUGGAGCGGUCUUAA